AUGAGUAGUACAGGCAAGAAGCUUAGAAAUGCGAUUGGAGGUAUAGUUUUUGGUGCGGCAUUUACUCUAACAGCGCUGUACUUUUUGAGGAUUUUCUCUGCGUAUCAGCAAAGAAGCCACAAUUGUCAGGUGUUUUUUGAAUAUUUUGGUAAGUUUAGAGAUGUCAAGAAGGGUAUAGAGAACAAGGACGUGUUUGAUGCAAUUGAGUCAAUAAUUGAUUUUGAUGGAAAUACACUUGAAGGAAUGUAUUCUGAGAAGAUGGAGUCUGUAGGCGAGGUUGACAGUUCUAACAAUCGUGGAUUCAAUUGCUUCAAGGGUGCUAUUGCAAAAGCAAAGCAGAUUAUUUUCUCCAGUCAGGAUUUGAAAAAAGUGAUGGAUGAGAUACUGACAUCUGAGAGAGUGAGUGUGCUUAUUGCAAAGGAGCGGAUGCAGAAGGAAGGGGAAAAAGAAGACGAUGAGUCUAAGACUGAGGAUAGCAGUAAGGCCGAUGAAGAUUCGAAUGUUAUGGAGAUUGAUGCCAAGAAUAUUGAUAUACUCACUAAGGCAUUUUUGUAUAUUUUGGUCAAGGAAAGUAUGAAUCCAAAAAGUUAUGAGUCGUUUUUUGAUCAUCUUAUGAAUGACAAUGUUACUAAGAACCACCUUAGUAAGAUUAGCAAAAGCAAGGAUCUGCUAACUAUUGAUAUCAAUAUCAAGGGAGUUGGUGACGAUUCACCGAUUAGCAUAUACAACUUCAUACGAAUUGUGAUGCUUGAAACCAAUAAUCUUAUUCCUCGAAUUAUUUCGGAUUUUAAGUAA